UAUCUCAGCCCCCAAAAAAAACGAAGAAAAACCGGAGAAGAAGAUCGGCAUCGUCAUCAAGCUCAUAGCUCUCUGACAAUCAAAGCAACCAUUGGCGAAACGACACCGCACCGCAUGACAUUUCAACCAAUUGUCUCACCGCUUGAUGAUGGCGACAGAGAGACACGCUUCCUUACCUUCAACAUCUCACGAAGAUAACGCCAUGUUUCUGGAUAUACUGCAUGAGGCUCCUCUACUCGGUAACCGCAAAUCCAGAAGCAUUUUUGGGAGUAUUUUCUACUGUUUUUUCUUGGUAGGUUACGCUGUGUUGGCCGUGGGAGCUCCAUGGAUAUUCCGUCCCAUAAAGAGCUUGGUCUCACCGUUGCUUUGCAGUUGCAAUGUUGUUCUUUUACUAGUCACAGGCAUCUUUCAGCAAUAUCUGGUUUACCAAGUCCAGAAAAUACGCUUGCAGGGUUAUUAUAGUUUCAGCCAGAAGUUGAAGCAUAUUGUUCGCCUACCUUUUGCCAUUACUGCAUAUGGAACUGCUGCAAUGCUACUAAUCAUGGUAUGGAAACCCCACAUCAGUAUUCUUUCCAUCUCAACAAUGCUGAGGAUUAUUAUGGUUAUUGAAGCAAUAUGUGCUGGAUCUUUUAUGAGUGUCUAUAUUGGUUAUGUACACCAGUACAAUUCAUUGAAUUCUCAGCCUGAUGUCUUAAAGUCACUAUAUUCUCCACUUCAACCAUCAAGUUCUUUGGAAGGUUUGAGGUAUCAUGAAGGUGGUCGGCUCUCGGAUGAGCAAAUGGCUUUGUUGCAAUAUCAGCGUGAAAACCUUCAUUUUUUGAGUGAGGAGAUUCUGCGAUUGCAAGAGUCCUUAAGUAAAUAUGAACGGUCUAGUGAUGGAAGCACACCUCAGGUUGAUCUUGCCCACAUGUUAGCAGCUCGUGAUCAGGAAUUACGGACACUUAGUGCGGAGGUGAAUCAACUGCAGUCUGAGCUAAGGCUUGCUCGUUCUUUGAUAGCUGAGAGGGAUGCUGAGAUACAGCGUGUUCGAACUACCAAUAAUCAGUAUGUAGAAGAGAAUGAAAGACUAAGAGCUAUUUUAGGAGAAUGGAGUUCCCGAGCAGCAAAGCUUGAGCGAGCAUUGGAGGCCGAACGAAUGUCAACUCUUGAACUGCAAAAGAAGAUUGCAACACUGAAAAAUCACUCAAAUGCAUCAGCAGACUCUUCUGAGCACCGUGGAGCAUAGUCACACUUCCCAGAUAUAUGCAUAUAUGCUGACCCUUUUUACUAUUCUGUAAUGCGUUUGUCAGUCUUAUUCCUUUUCUAGGUUGAAUUGAUAGAGGGUAAACAAAGGAAAAAGAAGAAAGAGAGUUCAAGAAGCCUCGACGGAAGGAGAAUGUUAAGCAUAGACAGGUGUAGAUGGCUGAAUGUAUAUAUCUGUUUGUGAAGCAGCAUUUUUUUCCGUCCUCCGUUUGGUGUGCCUACAGUGAUUACUUCGAAUUGCCCCUUGGCCAUGGAGGCUUCAUCGAGACUUGUAAAAUACAUAUGUUAUGCACCAGUAAGGGCAGUUCAGUUUUUCCUUUUUCCUUUAUUCAAGAAAGUAUGUAUAAUUCGAUUCUUGAUUUUUCUGGCCAAGUCUUUUUUUUUUUUUUUUUUUUUUUUUUUUAAGUGUUACAAUUUUUUGGAAAAUGUAUGGUGCAUGAACAUUGGGUCUGUCUUUUGGUAGUCAAUUGAAAAACUAGAGAAAAUCGUGGGAGUUAGCAUCAUCAGACUUGUGAGUUGUGAACAUUCGCUACGUUCUGAUCAUUUCUGUAGUCCUAUUGUCAUCUUAUUGAAAACGUUUCUACGUGCCAAUGAUUGUGAAAAUCGUAGGAGUCUGAGGAC